AUGUGUUUAAUUUACCACGUGACAAGAGUGAGAGGGGAACGUCCCAGAGUUCUCCGGGGCCUCCACUUCCUCUGCAUUUGAAGAUGGCGGCCAUGGAGGGAGCGUUGAGCGUGCUGGGGCAGCGCACCUCUGGAGACUCCAUCCGCACUCAGAAUGUGAUGGCAGCAGCUUCUAUUGCCAACAUUGUGAAAAGCUCCUUGGGGCCAGUUGGUUUGGAUAAAAUGUUGGUGGAUGAUAUUGGUGAUGUCACCAUCACCAAUGAUGGAGCCACAAUUCUGAAGCUGCUUGAGGUAGAGCAUCCAGCUGCCAAGGUAUUAUGUGAACUAGCUGAUCUUCAGGACAACGAAGUAGGAGAUGGCACAACAUCAGUGGUUAUUAUUGCUGCAGAGCUUUUGAAGGGUGCAGAUGAAUUGGUCAAACAGAAAAUUCAUCCAACAUCAAUCAUUGGUGGUUAUCGUCUUGCUUGCAAGGAGGCUGUCCGUUACAUCCAGGAAAAUCUGACUAUUAAUACAGAUGAGCUGGGCAGAGACUGUCUGAUCAAUGCUGCUAAAACAUCUAUGUCCUCAAAGAUAAUUGGAGUCGAUGCAGACUUCUUUGCCAAUAUGGUGGUGGAUGCUAUUCAGGCAGUAAAAUUCACAGAUGUCAAGGGCCAAGCUCGAUACCCGAUCAAAUCUGUUAACGUGCUAAAGGCACAUGGACGCAGCCAAAGGGAGAGCAUUUUGGUGAAUGGAUAUGCACUUAACUCUACUGUUGGUUCACAAGGAAUGGUCAAAAGAAUACUCAAUGCUAAGAUUGCAUGUUUUGACUUCAGCUUCCAAAAGACAAAAAUGAAGCUCGGCGUUCAAAUUGUCAUCACUGACCCUGAAAAAUUAGACCAAAUUCGACAGAGAGAAUCUGAUAUUACCAAAGAGCGAAUCCAGAAAAUUCUGGCUUCAGGUGCCAAUGUCAUUCUAACCACUGGUGGCAUAGAUGAUAUGUGUCUAAAAUAUUUUGUGGAUGCUGGUGCUAUGGCAGUACGUAGAUGUCUAAAGAGAGAUUUGAAGAGAAUUGCAAAGGCAAGUGGAGCAACAUUCUGUUCAACACUGACAAACUUGGAAGGAGACGAGACAUUUGAAGUUUCAAUGUUAGGCCAGGCGGAGGAAGUGGUGCAAGAAAGAAUAUGUGAUGAUGAACUAAUUAUGAUUAAAAACACAAAGAGUCGUACUUCUGCUUCCAUUAUCUUGCGUGGAGCAAAUGAUUUUAUGUGUGAUGAGAUGGAGCGCUCCCUCCAUGAUGCGCUCAGUGUGGUGAAGAGAGUUCUUGAAUCCAAGUCGAUUGUGCCAGGCGGGGGUGCUGUGGAGGCUGCCUUGUCCAUCUACUUGGAGAACUAUGCAACUAGUUUGGGAUCACGUGAACAGCUGGCAAUUGCUGAAUUUGCCCGAGCCCUGUUGGUUAUUCCAAAGACUCUGGCAGUAAAUGCGGCUCAGGAUUCCACUGACUUGGUGGCAAAAUUGCGUGCAUUCCACAAUGAAGCCCAGGUUAAUCCUGAACGCAAACAUUUGAAAUGGAUUGGCCUUGAUUUGGUGAAUGGCAAACCGAGGGACAGCAAGCAGGCUGGUGUGUUAGAGCCAACUAUGGUGAAAACAAAGAGUCUGAAGUUUGCAACUGAAGCUGCUAUCACCAUCCUUCGCAUUGAUGAUCUCAUCAAGCUGUAUCCAGAGGAGAAGCAAGACAAAGGAAAGAGUUACCAUGAUGCAGUUCAAAGUGGAGAACUGGAUGGUUAAAGCAACUAUAGUACACCCAUAUCUGUCAGAUAUAAUUUGUGCUCUGAUGUUAGUUAGUAAAAUUACAAAGUAAAAUGUUCCCAUCCCUAUUGUUUAUGUUACAGUACACAUAGUGAAUAUUUAAGUUGCAUCCGAUGUGUAAAUGAGGUAGGAUGAAAAUCCCCAUCCUGUUGUUGUUUUGGCCUCCAGUGACAUGAGGGAGGAGUGUCAGUUUCUCAGCUGGUAAAUUGUGUGCCCAUCAUUUCUGGCUUGAAUAAAUGUCAUAAAGAAUAGAAAUGUUAUCAACUUGAGAUGAAACAAGCCAAGAAUAUUUUCACAUAUUUGUGUUAUGAAAUGGUGAAACAAGAUCAAUAAAUCUGUACAGCGCCAGCUA